AUGUCCUGGAAGGAGGAGUUCUCGGAACUUUUAGAUUUUCUUGACGAAUGCACAAGCAAAUAUCCAAAUCGUUUAUUCAAUGUGACUCCUGAGAAUGACUCCACUCCUGUUCGACGAGUUGCCUUUUCUUUGGAAAAUAUAAUUGAUCAAUUGCGAAAACCACUCGUACCUUCCACCCAGUCUCUGGCGCAAGCGUUAGUUUAUAAGUUCAAUGGGCCCCAUCGUCGCCAGGGAUACUGGAUGAUUUAUAAGAACCUCGUGCGAGCUUUACGAAAAUAUAACGAAGACGAUCUUCUGACUAAGGUUUCAGAUUUACAUAAGAAAGCAACUGCAAGUGGUGCAGGCUUCUAUAUGCCAUCUGUGGAGGUUAUGCGAUAUAUAGGUGGUGCCUACUUGAAAAGGCUAUUCAGGCUACAGCAGAUUCGAGAUUCAUGCAUUCGUACUGCCCACGUUAUAAUGGGACAGUUGGAAUUGGGGCACUGGGAAAAAUUCAGCUUGUUCAUUGUUGCGUUGUGCGCUGACGUCAGCAAUGGGAUCAGGAUGCAGGCAGCAUCGAUGGAAUCCGCUUAUGAUGGCUUGUCGAAGUCUAUUCGUCCGCUAGAUAACAGGUUUUCCACAAAAUCGUACAUUCGUGGAUUUCCGGAAACAUUGGCUGGAUUGUCCAUUUUUUCUUCGCUUCGUGGUCGUAUCUCGGCGCAAAAGAAUACGGACAUGUCUCGCGUGAUGCGAUUAUUGCAAUUCUCAGACGAACAGUUGGAUGCGGUACGGACAAGGGAUCAGAUGGCGCAAUUUAGGGAAGAGAUAUUGUCAAAUGCAGGGUCCAAGAACGAGGACUUAGGUGAAGCCAUUGAUAGGACUGAACAGAUUCGAGUAUUGCAAACGCCCACUUUCGACACGACAAGAAAGCCUUCCUCGGCCGAUUCUGGUCUGGAGCUUGGAUCCGAAAUCUCUAUGUUGGAUAGUACCACCGACUGUAAAGAGCAGGUUAGUGAAGAAGAAAAUUCGGAUGAAAGAAGGCCAAAAUUGGCGAAGAAGCGUAGGAGAAAACGUAAGAACGAGAUUAAUUGUGAUGACAUUUCAUUGUUGUCACCCACCUCAUUUACGUCACCUUCG